GUGUUCAUUACAGUGUCAUUACAAUCUGGCAUUUAUGUAGUUAACAUCUGAAGCAUCUGAAUCUGCCCACUGGUCACAUGACAAAGGGAAAUUGAUAUAUGGUGGAAUCUGGAGUCUGUGUUUGCACAACACAGAACACUUUCUUGUUAAGCGUCAAACUUGAAGAGGAAACAUGCAGCGACUCUUUAUACUCACGCUCAGCCUGAUACCAUGGAUCCCAGCUGUUCUCUGCUGGGUGAGCACUAAGAAGGAGUUUACUGGCCCGGAGGGUGGAUCCCUCACUGUCGAAUGUCGAUAUGGUUCUCACUAUGAUAAACAUGUCAAAUACUGGUGUCAUGGGUGGACGACAACUUUCUGCGAGAUCUUGGCUCGAACUGAUGAGACCUCCUCGGCCAAUCAAGACAAAGUGAGCAUUUCUGACGACCGGGGCAAGUACAUGUUCACAGUGACCAUGAAAAACCUGAAAGAGACGGACUCUGGGUGGUACUCGUGUGGUGUAAUAAUAGGUAACGAAUGGCAGGCCGAUGACAUUGCUAACACUGAAGUGAAAGUGUUUCAUGGUGUGAGAGUUGUGAACAGAAUUGUGAGUGGGGAAGAAGGAAGUAGUCUCACGGUUCAAUGCCUUUACACUCUGAGACUCAGACUAAGUGAGAAGAAGUGGUGUCGGAGAGGAGACGCGAGCUCCUGUCUGUCGACGGGUUCUAAAGGGAGUUACGAAGAUGCUUCAGUGGCCAUCAGCGAUGACAUAACUGGGGCUUUCAAUGUAACCUUAAAGAAGCUGCAGAUGAGCGAUGCUGGCGGGUAUUUAUGUUCUGCAGGGCAGCAGCAAGUAGAUGUACAGGUUCAGGUCAGACCACACGGCUCUACUAAAACAGAGCCCGUGACAACCCCACCUACUCCGAGUCAGCCCUGGUACCAUUACCGUUACAUGUUGGAGUCUAUAGUGGGGUGUUCGUCUCUCCUGCUUCUAGUGGGCUUGGCUGUAUUGGCAAGAAAGAUACUGCGCAAGAAGGCUUCUUCACGCUUUAAGGAGACAGAAGAGAUAUUCCCUGAUAAUCCAAAGGGCAUGAGAAACCUGCAACGAAGCAAGGAACACAUUAUUAAAAUCGACAACAAGGAGAAGGCUUCUUCACGCUUUAAGGAGACAGAAGAGAUAUUCUCUGAUAAUCCAAAGGGCAUGAGAAACCUGCAACGAAGCAAGGAACACAUUAUUAAAAUCGACAACAAGGAGGAGAACUGCACAGUGGUGUCACGGUCAGAAGAGGCAGACCGUGCGGUGGUGUGUGUGGUGGACCCAGGUGCGAACACAAAGAAGGCUUCUUCACGCUUUAAGGAGACAGAAGAGAUAUUCCCUGAUAAUCCAAAGGGCAUGAGAGACCUGCAACGAAGCAAGGAACACAUUAUUAAAAUCGACAACAAGGGUCCUUAUUAAGAAGAGUGAGGCCGAUUUUCAACAGAUGAUCCAGGAGCGACUGAAGAAAGUGGAGGAGAUCAAAAACUGUUUGAAGCUCAGCACGGUGAGCCACGAAGCAAAUUUCUUUUAUGUGGUUUGUUGGAUUCUCUCUUACUGAUUUCCUGUUUUAGUCAAAGUCAACAAAUGUGUUUAGAAAGUCUGACAUGAGUUUGGUAAAAGCUUAGAGAGACUUUUACACAAACAUCAGUUCUUUAGGAGGCUAGGCGUAUAAACAGUUCAGUUAGUUUCAUGAAAUUAGACCAAGAGUAGAAUUAAUCUUGACUUGUAGAGAAUGUCAAACCCCAAAUAUCCAAUAAUAGAUCCAUCAGAGUGUGAAUGUUAGAUGAAGCACUCGGGCAUAGAUAAAACCACUGUGUCAAUGCAUGUGUGACUGGGAGAAUGAGAUUUAUAGUAGGAAGCGCUUUGAGUGUUCAAACUGAGAAAUAAUUGACUAGUAAAGGAGUCAGGGACACUGAUUACACCAAAAGAAGAGGCUUGAUGGAUCAGAAUAAAAUAAAGGUACUAGAAAAGAUUUGAGCUAUUAGCACUAUAUUUUCAGUUUUUAGUGAAGUUUUAUUUGGCUUAGUUGACUUACUUCCUUUACAAUUACCAGAAAAAAAUCACAGCUUGGUGUUAAAGUACUUCCUGGUACUCUGAAAGGCCUAAAGUGAAACUCCACACGUGUUCCCCUGAUCCCAAACACAGCUGUGAGGAACGAUGACAGAAUGAUAAAUCAUCUUGUAAACGUUUUCUCACGUGGCUGUUACGCCCAUGUUUUUAGCAUUGCUAACUGUUCCUGUUGUGCUGCUCACAAAUAUGCAAACCUUAUUUACAUGUAACACAUUUAAAUAUAAAGUCUGGAAUUCUCAGGAUUCAACACACUAACAAACUAUUUCUUUGUUGACUUUUAAAGCAGAUUAAUCUGACAUAACAAACAAUAUACCAUCUCCAUUCUGGAUUUAAGGAGUUCAACCUGCCUGUUUUCUUAAGAAAGCUAUUAUGAUAACUUCAAAUAUCCCAGUCUCAACUAGUUUGGGUCAAGUUAAUGGUUGAUAUGACUCCAAACACUGAGGCGUCCUCCCUAACUGAUGUGAAAAGCACCUGAUAAAAUACAGAACAGAUUUUUUGAGUUAAAUUAAAAAAGUCUUCAUAAAAGUGAUGCCUGUGAAACCAAUUCAAACCUGCUUCCUGCCAACAUUAUGCCAGUGUGAUUGCGUAAAAGGAAGCAACGAUUCAAUAUUAAUAACUAUAAAUUAUUAAAAAAGGAAACCCAGAGUGGACAAAAAAAUGCAAAUAGAUAAAAAGGGAUUUUACAUGAUUAAAACAACUGACAUGGAAAAAGAGACACGACAAAGUACUUUCAUUAUUAUUAUACAUCUUUAUUUAUGUUCAUCAAAGAAAAAACACAAGAUAAACAAAAGCAAACACUCUUCCAUCACUUUGGAAGCGAGUAUUUGUCCCAAAAUGAAUAAUGUUGGACUCUGUGGAUAAAAGGCAGUAGACAGAAUUUAGAAAACAUAAUAAGUGUCUCAGUCCCAUCAGAGAAAGAGCUAAAAUAUUGUAUUUACUUCUUUCUAAUCAAAACCAUAAAUUAGAUCACUGGACUCAAAUGUUACUGAACCUCUUCUGAAAGUUCACAACUGCAUUUUAAAAAAAAUGAUAGCAUAUAGUCAAAGUCAAAUUUAUUUACAUAGCACAUUUAAAACAACAACCGUUGACCAAGGUGCUGUACAAUUAAGGUAAUUAAAAGAAAUAAAAACAUAGGGAGAUAUGAUAAGAGUUAAGAAAAAGAAUCAUAAAAUUAGAAGAUUUGAGUGAGAAAUAAGAUAAAUAAAAGUAAUACAAACUCAUUCUGAUUUUAAAGCCAAGGAA